AUGGCCCAGCGAUCGAACCCGCCAAGACGCGUACGGCGUAAAUUUGCUCAUACAGAUUCCUCGACCAGUACCUCCUCGAGCAGAAUAUCGGACGAAGAUGACAUCCAGCUGCGACACGGUCCACGAUACGGGCAAAACCCCCUUACUGCGAAAAAGCUUCUCCUAUGCCUCGAUUAUGGAACGACCCUAACUUCAAUUUCAUAUGUCACCUUUGAUCCAGAUGACCCUCCUAUAGAGGUCCAUCCAAGAGCGGUCCGAUGCGUAGCAAACUGGCCUGCGGCUAGUCGAUUCGUCAACGCAGCGAGCCCAUUUGUGCCUAGCGAAAGCUGGUACCGUGACGGGAAUUUCCUGUGGGGCCAUGAGGUGCAACAUACGCUACGCAAUCUAUCAGAGAACGAUGAUGUAGAGUCAAUGAACUGUAUCAUCCAGCUUCCGAAACUGUUACUGGAUGAUGACGGGGAGAGCGUUGAAAAUGACCGGCUGUCACAGCCGAGGAGCGCACUCCGCAAGGUAGGUAGAACUGCCAGGGAAGCCAUUAGAGACUAUCUCAUGAAAGUCUUCAAGCAUACCCAUGGCCAAUUGGGGAAAUAUGAGGGCUUUAAUAAUACUUGGGAGGUCGAACUAGUGCUGUGCGUGCCUUCUAAGUGGUCAACCUAUGCGCAUCUCACAAUGCAGGAAAUUCUGCUUGAGGUAGUGGAGAAGACGGAUAUGAAGGGGAGGGAGUUUUCUAUAUUUAUUAUUGAUGAGCCUGAAGCUGCAGUAACCUUUGCACUGCGCCACGAAAACAUCCGCGAAAAUAUUGAAAAAGGGUCCAACUUCAUUGUGUGCGAUGCUGGAGGUGGUACUGUUGAUGCGAUCACCUAUAAGGUGCGGCAGGAUCCUCCCUUUAGAGUUGACGAAAUAGCCACCCCAGCCGGGAAAGACUGUGGUUCAAGCUAUAUAAACCAGGCUUUUAUUAAAGAAAGCAGAGAAAGACUGGCACACAUCAUUGAACUGGGCUGGGAACCCGUAUAUUCCAAAGAAGCAGUCCUUCAAGAACACGUAUUUCUUAAUUUUGAGCACGAAUUAAAACGAAACUACGAUCCAGCUGACUGGAAGGAGGGUGAGAGUAGAAGUCUCCGCGUUUUCGGCCUUAGGGAGGACCCGACGAGGAAUUUUGGGAACUCGAUGUUUUUCAUCACAAAGCGAAGCCUUGAAGGGACCGUGGAUUUGAUCAGGGAACAGCUGGAGCAACUUAAUGACCAAGAGGUCAAGGUCAUUCUCCUCCUCGGUGGGUUUUCUCGUUCGCCGGCCCUGAAGCGCUGCCUGGACAAUUCUUUUGGGCGAGACAUUGGAGUCAUCAUAUCUCGGGGCGGGGUUCUUCGUGCCCUAAAUAAAGUGGACGGCCCACGCCGCAAGCUCAGGCUGAAUCUGGGAGUUUGUCUCAGCGAACCAUACGACGAGAGAUUCCCGGGUCAUUUAGCUGCCCCAUGGUUCUAUAAUUCUCUCAAUAAAAAGAGAUAUGACCGGGUCGUCGCCCAAGGAGAGUCUGCUGAAAUUUGUAUGCAUCGCGCAUUUGAAGUGGGCCAGGAGAUGGCCGCUUAUGAGACUAUCUAUUUUUCGGACCAGCGGGUCUUCCAGCACUACCGCAUAGAUCACUCCAAGAAUCGUGGCCACCGCAAAGCGGGAGUCGUCGAGGCAUCCCUUGAUGUCCUCCGGAGGAGAAACAUGCUGGAGGAGAAAAUUAACGAGGACGGCGAUGUGUACUAUGAAGUCCACUACAGCAUCAAACUGGAAGUGAAUGGCCGCAAUGUCAAGGCAACGAUUCAUUGCCCUCCAGGACAAGAAGUCCAAGGAGAAGCACAAAUUUGUAUUGCCGCUGCUUUCAAUCCUGGGACGAAUUGA